AUGGCGGUGAAAAGUGGAUUAUUCGGCGGUUGUGCAGCACCCGGGAGAAAUCCACCAGGCGGUUGUUUUACGACCGCGCCAGAAGGUGGUGCGUUCUCCAAGCCCGCCGCGCCUGCUAGUGGAUUUGGUCAGGCUCCUUCGAGCGGCUUCGGACAGCCUGCUGGGAGCGCGCUGGGUAGUGCACUGGGUGCAUUCGGACAGACGAGACAAGUUGGAUUUGGUGGUCCAGUGUCAGGUGCAGCUGGUUUCGCAAAUGCUUCGCCGGGCGGUGGUUUUGCUCCUGCGGCAACCGGCAGUGGUUUUGCCAGUGCUACGUCGGCUGCUGGUUUUGCGGCCGCGGCAUCAGGUGGUGGCUUUGCAGUUCUCCGAACGAGGUGGCCUGCGGGCUCUGCGUUACGCCAAAAGGAUUCGCCGCUGGCGCAGAAGGCAAGGCCGAGCCCAGGCCGAGAUUCCCAAAGCCCGAGAAUGCAGUCGAGGGGGCCUCCUCGUCCACGUCAUCUUCCUCUUCCUCUGGUGGCGGCCGCACGGCUUGAGUAUGUGGACGUAGCAGCUGAGGACGAUGCAAACAAUAAUGCAGUAGCGGGAGACGCUGAUGGCGGGAAGCUGAAAGCUGCUGGCUUCACUUCUGAUGUAGUACGUGGAGCUGCAGGUAGAAGAGCAGCCGAGGUCGACGAGCUUACAAGCGACUGGGAGGAACCGCUGGAGACGCUACAUGUCGCUGCUAUAUAUCUGAAGAUAAAAGAUGUGGUGACUGGUGUACCCUUCAGCUCCGAAGAUGUGGAAGUUGCUGGUGUAGCCUGCACUGUGGAAGCUGUAGUUUCCACGUCCGAAGGUCUGGAAGACGCAACAGCCGGUGCAGCCUUCAACGUCGACGAUGAAGUGAACGGUGUAGCCUUCAACUCCAACGAUGGUAGCCACGUUGAUGAUGAGUGGUGA